GCGCCGCUACCAAACGCUGCGUCGCGUUGAUCCUCCUGGAGGUCUCGCGACGAACACGCAGCCGGUACGUUCGAUCGCACCCUCUUUUCUCUCUCUCUCUCUUUUUCUCUCUUUUUCUCUUGCUUUCUCCAUCGUGUCAUCUCGAUCUCUCCGCGAUCCUCUCUUUAAAUUUUUCAUCCCCUCCCACCCCAUCCUCACCCUACGAAAUAAAUUGCAGAAUCGCAUUCGGCACGCGCGGUGUGUCGAGAAUCGGUUUAUUCAAAAUUGUGCACGCACACCGCCCCGUCGAAGAGGAGCACACGUGCACGCCACGGCAGCGGGGGACGCGUGAGGGGGCACGGCGUGAGAAGAGCGGGCGAUAGGCGGAGCGAUGUAGCAGCACGAAGGCAACAUGUUCCUGUUGCUGUCAGUGCACGAACGGAGGUUGCCGCUGCAGUAGCCGAGGGCAGUUCUCCGAUCAUCCUCUGAGAGACUACUUAUCGCGAUACAAGCACGUCCCCAUUUUUUCUCCAAAUCAACAUUUCGCGGAUCAUGAAGUGGCCCUCCAUCAGCAAGACAUUCACGUGGACGUUCUGCUUGUCCGCUGUUUUAUUCCUGCCAGCGAGAACAAAUGCCUUGGAGGAGAAUUGUACAGAUUUCCAAGGUGGCACCGUCAAACACGGUCUUUUGUAUGUGCCAGGACCUGCGGUCUGCAGUCUCUGUGUCUGCUAUCAUUCCGAGCCAUUGUGGUGUAAAGCGAUUUAUUGUACGCCACCAUAUAAAUGCAAAAAGUUCCGCGUGGGUGAACGCUGCUGCGAAUUCGAGUGUCUCGACGAUAGCGACGAUUGGAGUGGCCCAGAUGUGUACGAUGCGGCGAGUUCGUCCAGGAUCCACGAGCAGAGUCUUGUUUUAUGCCUAUUCGGCCUGUUGAUUACGUUAUCGAUGGUGCCUUAGUUACGAUCGGACGAGAUCCGCAGUCAUCGUCGCCACAGUUUGCCUUCUCCUCAUUGGAACAAUUCGAUGAAUUCGUCUCUCAAUGACAUCGGUGACGACGAUGACCAUGGUAGAAUUCAUUACGUACAAAAAAUCCUCGGAGGCAGGUUUGUCUCAUAGCUGUGAGUACUUGCGGUAUUUCAGCGAAUGGCAUAGUCUUUGCCUACAGCAAUUAGGGCGUCCAUUUGGAGUAGCUCAGUUGAUUUAGAACUGGAGUUUCCUCCGACAGAGCGGCACAGUUAAAUCGAAAAAUCAAGUCACUUUUUUAAAAUAAUAGUGAAAUUUGUGAGAAAACGGAGACAAUAUUUAUUUCGUGAAAAAAAGAAGAA